AUGAAGGAUCUUAAAAAUGUGCUAGUAUAUUCAGGAUUGCUAAUUUUAGUUGGAUUUCCCAUUUGGGCUGGCAUAUAUUUUGGAAUUUAUUUUCCUCUUGAAAAUCGAAGCUACGAAGACGCUAUUUGCAAGGUUACAAGCAUUGACACAUAUAAAUUUUCCAAAGGGUAGUUCUAUUCGCUGUUUUUAAAUCUAUUUAGGCCAUUUCAUAUAAAUCAGUAUAUAUAACUUACCAACUUUAUUACCAAUAUAAACUUUCGGUACUUAUUGAUGGAGUUUACUACCCUGGCUAUGGAUGUGAGUCCAAUGCAGCUGAUUCUAUUGUGUCUGACUAUACAAACGGCAAUGUGUAUCCUUAUUCCUAUUCUUCUUGUAUCCAAGACAAAGGUGACUCUAAAUGUUUGCCUGGACAGCUAUUUUUACCAAGGUGGUCUUGCAGCAAAACUCAUGGUGUCCCAAGAUUCGCUAUUGGCAACAGUGUCAAAUGCAAAUGGUGGCUGCAUAACAAGGAUGGAAAAACAGAUCCCUCUGAAAUCAAAAAUUUUGGGUACCCCAAGAGUAACCACACAUUUAUAGAAGUUUUGUUUAAAGAUAAAAUUUACAUCCCUAAGGAUGAUUAUAGAGCCCUUUGGGUUAUCCCAUUCGGUUUUCUUACUGUCCUGCCAAUUCUCGUCAUUAUGACUGCUUUCUUAUGAGAAUUUUUUAAAUUCACUCCAGUGAAAAGAGCUGAGCUGAAAGAUUGAAUUGCCAAAGUGAUAAUGAGAAAAAAAAUAAAAAUACCAAACAAGUUUUAUGUAAUGAAAGGGCCAACUGGAAAGGCUUUGUAUAGGAUGAGCCCUUUUCUUCUUGCAGCAAUGCGGAGUAAAAAGCUUGAGUCAUUUCCAAAACCUUUGGUGCGCAGUGUUGCAAAUUAUAUAGCAUAA